UUGAAACAAAAUAAGAUAGAUGAGCUUAAUAUGAUGGUAAUAUUACAGUUUGCUAUGACUUUCUAUUGGAUUGGUAUUGUUCGUGAGAUGGAAUUAUGCAUCGGUCCUUUCGUGACAAAAGUCGGAAAUGGUAUGGUUCUACUUUUCUAUGGACAAGUCACCGUGGCAGUCUCGUUCUCACUUCCCGCUAAUUCUUCAUAA